AUUCAACAGCUUGUUAUUUCUGACUCUCUCUACAGAGUAAUAAUCCUCACAUUUUUUAAUGGGAACAGAUAACCAGACGUGGGUGAGAGAGUUUAUUCUCCUUGGCUUGUCCAGUGACUGGGACACUCAGGUCUCUCUUUUUGUCCUGUUCUCCAUCACGUACCUGCUGACAGUGCUGGGGAACUUCCUCAUUGUUCUUCUGAUCAGACUGGACAGCCGACUUCACACUCCCAUGUAUUUCUUCCUCACCAACCUCUCCGUUGUCGAUGUCUCUUAUGCCACCAGCAUCGUCCCUCAGAUGCUGGUGCAUCUUCUUGCAGAACAGAAAGCAAUCCCACGCGUGAGCUGUGCAGCCCAGCUAUUUUUCUCCCUGGGCCUGGGCGGGAUUGAGUUUGUUCUGCUGUCAGUGAUGGCCUAUGACCGCUAUGUGGCUGUGUGUGACCCCCUGCGAUACUCGGUCAUCAUGCAUGGAGGGCUCUGUACCAGGUUGGCCGCCACAUCCUGGGCCAGUGGCUCUGUCAACUCUCUCAUGCAGACCGCCAUCACCUUUCAGCUGCCCAUGUGCACCAACAAGUGUAUUGAUCACAUAUCCUGCGAACUCCUAGCUGUGGUCAGGCUGGCCUGUGUGGACACCUCCUCCAACGAGAUUGCGAUCAUGGUUUCUAGCAUAGUCCUGCUGAUGACACCAUUCUGCCUGGUACUGUUGUCCUAUGUACAGAUCAUCUCCAGCAUCCUAAAGAUCCAGUCCACAGAGGGAAGAAAGAAAGCGUUUCAAACCUGUGCCUCCCACCUCACCGUGGUAGUCCUGUGCUAUGGCAUGGCCAUUGUCACUUACAUCCAGCCCCGCUCUGGCCCCUCUGUCCUUCAGGGGAAGUUGAUCUCUCUCUUCUAUGCCAUUUUGACGCCCAUGCUAAACCCCAUGAUUUACAGCGUAAGGAAUAAGGAGGUGAAAGGGGCAUGGCAGAAACUAUUAGGGAAAUUAUCUGGAUUUACGUCAAAAUUGGCAAUUUGAUGAAUCAUGAGCAUCACUUAGAGAAAAGAGCUUUGCAUGCGUUUUCUCCCACGCAGCUCAGAUAUGGUAGGCAUCAACUGCAUUGCCAUG